AGGUCCAAGUAUAGGCGGAAGCGUCUCGGUCAUAUACGCCUUAGGCGUAACCAUCAUGUCAACGGUCGAAAUCAUUGGUUUCACUGAGGGAAUAACAGCUGUGAUAUACUUUGAAAGCGGGGACUCUCUCUUACCCUCUGCCUAUGGCGACCAAAUUAUGUUUGGUAUCAUCGGACUACUGUCAGUUGCCGUGACAUUGUUUGCGGGUGAUAAGAUCCAAAACUGGGUGGGCUUGGCUAUUCUAGGGGUUGUGCUGUUGGCCUAUGCGUCAUCGUUUGUCGGAUUGUUCGCUUCCUCUGAUGGGUGGCAGACAGGGCCAGUGUACGUACCAAGGUUUAACGAAACUGCAUUGGGGAUGGUCACCGGAUUAAGCAGUGAGACCAUGAGUGACAACCUUAUGCCAGACUUCAGCGAAGGUUUCGUAUGGCAAACGGCUCUGUCCUAUCUGUUCCCGUGUUUUUUGGGUAUCUUUAUGGGAGCGAACAAUGCCAACGGACUGAGGACACCCUCCUCAUCCAUUCCCAAAGGAGCGUUUUCGGCCAUUCUGACGUCUACGUGUCUGUACAUAAUGAUCUUCUGUCUGCUGGCGGCGGUGGCUGAGCGUCAACUGCUCAAAGACUUUCUGUUGCUCUUCUGUUACGUCGCAUGGCCCACUCGCUACCUAGCAAUAUGUGGUCUGUUGACAGUGGGUAUAGGGGCAGCCAUCCAACUACUCUCCACCGCGCCGAAGGUGUUCGCAAGUUUGGCUGAGGAUGGGGUGAUACCCAUCUUAACUGUGCUUG